UAGCGUUUUAUCCCCAGCGCUGACUUGACAUGUACCUGAUACUUCUCCAUGGGUCCCCCGUUAGAUUGUUCUUCCCACUUCAACGACUGGGACAAGGGCGUCUCUUUUCCCUUGCUGCCCCCCAAAAAAAGAAUACAUCCGUCAGGUUCGAUCGACACACGACCAUUGCAUUGCGCGCACAGCAGAACCUACCUAUUCGCUCACGCAUUUUUGCUACUCUACUGUUGGGCCUUUUUUCCCUCCUUCUCCUCCCUUUGGUUUCUUCCUUCCUGCCUGAUUCUUCACUCGCUCGUUCCGUCAAUCGAUUUCGCUUCGCUUCGCUUCCCUAUUUUUGUAUUUCAGGUAGCUCCAUCAGCUUUGUCUACCCAUCGUAGAUAACUCUAGUAGCAAUCAGCAUUUGAUCCGUGGUCAUUUAAACAAACAUCAUCUCACAUCCGUUGCCAUCUCGAGAAUCACGUCGCUCGCUCCUUCGUUCGUUUGCUCGUUUGCUGGUCGGUCUUCUAACCUUCUGUCGGCUUACUCUUCUCGACACCCAAGAUGAUCUCCGUCUGAGCCACCACGAACCUCCCGGAUCCGAUUAUUCGCCUUCACAGUUUGACUCCACUGGCAAAUUUCAACAGUCUUGGUUAUUUCAGCUUCUUGGAUAGUAUUAAUCUCGAAGCUAUGCAGCUUGGUCUGACCAGUCAACAACUUGUCGACUGUUCGCAAGAUUGCCGCCCUUACUCACACCAUCGCGGCCUCAUCCAAGACCUGCCCAGGAGGCGACAUGUGGCACGGUCGUCGAAAUCCCCGAUAUCUGGCUCCGCGCCUGCUGCCUUCGCUCCCGUAGAUUCUUCUGGUCACUCACGCAAUCAGUGUUAUUCCACAACCAUGACACAAGCUGUCCCUCGACAAAGGGCGUGGCUCCCUCGAUAUAGCACGAUAUCCCGGUUGUCGAAAAGUCUACUCGUCGCUCUUCUCAUUGCAAUGCACGCCGUAUCGCCUGCUCAUGCCGUGAGGAUCCCUUUCACAAACUGCCUCAGCGACGCCUACCGCUUGCACGAACCGACGAGGCUGCAAUGGGUUCCCUUAUACGCCGAUGCCGUCUUCGAUACCGAGAACGAGAAACACAACCUUCGAGUUAUUGUUUGGGGAAACGUCACAGGUGCCCGAACGACCAGCGCGCUGCCACCGCCCGAUGACCCUUCUUGGAAGGAUGCCAGCGAUAUCAAUGGCAAAAUCGCCGAGACUCCCCAGAAGAAGGAUGGCUACAACACUGCUACGACUUACUUCCCCAAGGUUCACUUCUUGACAUAUGUUCCGUACAACAACGACAAAUUUAAUUUCUGUAACACUUCAUUGGUAAACGGAUCUUGCCCGCUUGGACCUUACUUCGGAGAAGUCGAUUAUAGUGAUGCAUACAAGUUACCUUCUAUUAACAUCACAUGGGACGCCUACUCAACAUAUGCGUUUGCGUCCCUAGCACCUAGUAUGUCGAUUAUUGAUGGGACUCGCGAUGCUCCUCAGAUUGGCUGUGUUUCCAUGGCGGUGACUCCUGAUCUGGGAGGUCUCUCGUGGCUACUCAAGUUUUUACCCAUGAUAGUGCUCCUUUUUACAGGUUUUGCAGUCGUGUUCUCAGCCAUCUUUAGUCCCUGGGGCUCAUCUGAUAUCUUCCACUGGACUUCCAAUUAUGGUCGAGAUGUUGAUCUGCUCCGUCUUGUCACGCCGGGCUUUGGAGAUUGCCUUCAGUAUAUCCAAUUUAUCGCGCUAAGCGGUGGCCUCACUCUUGACUAUCCCGGCUUCUAUCAACCCAUUGUCAGCCAGAUGGCCUGGUCGACUCUAAUGUUCAACGAGAGCUUUGUCGCCGAUGCCCCAUCAUGGCAGAGCGUUGUCGAUGGUAUUUAUGUCACCAAUGCCACUUACGGACUUCAAGAGCUUGGUCAAUUGGUUGGCAUGGCUGAGAGUAGAGAUAUCUGGGCCGGUAUGAUGGUUUGGCUAUGUGUGUGCAUUGCUUCUGUUACCGCUCUAGUUCAGGGCGCAUUUGCAGUGCAGUGGCUAUUCCGAAAGAUCAACAACACCCCGGAGGAAGAUCUGCGUUCAAAGAACGUCCCCUUUUCCGUUGGCAACGCCGUCCGCAUUGUCUUCAACUAUUUCUUAUUCCCGAUCAUCGCCCUGUCGUGCUUUCAGCUCGUCACUGCUGGCGAUUCUCCGACCUAUACGAUUGCUCUCGCCGUCGUUACCUUGGUUUUCCUCAUAAUCUUCGCGGCAUACCUCUUUUACCUCAUAAUCAGAACGAGGCCAAAGUCCGUCCUCUACGAUGAUUUGCCGACUGUUCUUUUAUACGGCCCUCUGUAUAACACAUACUCCGACGAGGCUGCUGGGUUCGCUCUCAUUCCCGUCUUCCUAACAUUCCUCCGGGGUAUCACUGUCGGUGCCGUGCAGCCUAGUGGUAUCGCUCAGGUGGUACUGCUCGCCAUUUGCGAAGUGAUUCAUAUUCUUACCAUCCAUGCCUUCCGACCGUUCCAGCGUUCAACAGCGAUGAAUGCUUAUCAUACACUUUUUGGAGCACUUCGUCUAAUUUCUAUCUUACUAAUGGUAGCAUUCGUGCCUACUCUUGAUGUUUCUGAGGGCGACAAGGGUUGGAUUGGUUACAUCAUCUUAGGAAUCCACGGUGCGGCUUUGAUAUUUGGUUUCUUCCUCAACGCCCUGCAGACCAUUAUCGAGGUCGCGGCUCGCAUGCUUGGAGCUGGCGGAGACGACGCUCGAGGUCUGACCCGUGGUGGACUCACAAAGAUCUUUGGUAUGCGACAGCUGUCUCGCCGCAACACACAGCAACGUAACACUGGUCCAUCCCGAGCAAGCCAGUUGUCGACAGCAGCAAUGUUGGACGUGGACGAUAGCGGGAAGUCAGGAUAUGCCAUGCCAAGCGGAAGGGUUCGAAGCGAGUCUGGUGCUAGUCUCGGUGGACUCAUGAACCCUCGGCAUAGGAGCAGCUCGGCGCUCGAUAGCAUCGAUGUUUACUCUGGCAUGCCGCAGAACGUGGAUAGCAGCAGCUCAUACAUGCCCAACACCCCUGGGGAGAGGAGUACAUUUUCAUUCCUGCCCUCCCCCAGCGCUGCCCGCCAUCAUCCUACACAAUCAAUAGAUGCUGCCGAUCCCUACUAUCGACCUCCUCGAAGACGACAGACGAUGAACGAGUCCAUCCACUCCGAAGGACCUGGUGGCUCUAACGCAGCAGAUGUUAAGGGCGCCAACCCAGCUGGAGGUCUAGGUGAUCCUGCAGAUAUGGGUGCGGAUAUUUCUCGAGGAGCAACACCAGCGCCCCCUCCCGCUGGAUACUCUCAGGCCAGUAUACCUCCGAACCGACCCGAUUAUGCCACUCGCGAGGUUGACUUUUACUACGGGGUUCGUGGACCCGCCUUGAACUCGGACGGCCCGGGCCGGAAACUUGGAACUGGUCCCGCCGAUCCAACUGGUCCUGUGGCUACUGCCUCGGGCUGGUUCCGGAAUCUAUUCGGUGGAAAGACAAAAGAGAAGGGCAAGGGUUUCGAGGUUGUGAGGAGCUCACGGAUGCCUCCAGCCAUGAUGGCUAGGAAUGGUGGAGAGUCGCCCCCUGAGGGUAUCCCAGUGGCUAUGGGCGUACUACGGAACGGUCCAAUUGACUCAGAUGAUGAAGACGAGCCUCGACCAAGGCGGUCUCCCGGACGUCAACCUCAAAGUGCUCUACUAGAUGACAACGGUGAUCCUCAAGACUCUGAGCCGGAAAGUCCUGUGCUGGAGCGACCCCGACGUACUUUCAGUGCCGGCAGCGAGAGUUUCCCUCGGGAGCCAAGCAAGUCUUUGUCCAAGGCGCCUCAUAUCGCACUGCGCGAAGCUGAGGAUGACGAUGCCCCAGAGAUUCCUCGGAAGAGCUCCAAGCGUGCUUCUGGCCACUUUGGAGGCAGUGAUCACAGCCGAGCACCAUCUCUUACCCUCAUGAAUAUGCCAGGCUCAACGAUAUCCUUUGAAUCUCAGUGGCGAGGAGAACCCGAUGCUGUUAGCCGCACUUCAAGUCACCACCGAGCUACACUAUCAGCGUCAUCGCGGCUACCGUUUGAGCGAACCAACUCCCAGAAGCGAUUGUCGUCCAAUUCGUCCAUGGAGUUCCCCGGCGAGUUCACCAACAUCGACUUCGGCCCUUCAGUUGAUGAGCGGCCGGCCAGCUUUGGCAUGGUGUCACAACAUGGUGUCAGCCGAGUUGACCCGUUGCACCGUGACGUGGAUCUGCUCGGCAGCUCCGCCGAGCUUGUCGAAGAUCCUCCUGCCAGACCUCGCACUUGAUACUUCUGCUGUUAUAGCCAAGUAGGAGGUCUAUUGGUCACUCUUCUAUGUUGCUUACCAUAACACACUCGUCGAUAUGAUCAGUCACUACACCCUUCUCGGGUUUCAACCUAAUACUAGUUUCUUUUUUGUUUGGUUGCCUCAAGGGCCAAAACCAUGUACACGAUUUAUAGACCAAGGUCCUCAAGGUCCUUGCACAUGAGCACACAUGCUCACCUUCUCUCAUUUUUGGUUAUGAAUCGAACACAAUUCAGUCACAGCCGCAGGUUCUCACGAAGGAACUCGAGCUCUGAAAGUACAAGUGAACGAGAAGGCGUUACGUUACAUACGGGUCUUUUUAUGGCAAAUUUUCAUUACUUGAGCCUGACUGCCUCGAGUCAAUUUUCUUUGUGUUUAGGGAUAUGUUCUUUUUGAGAAUGUCCAUACUAGCGUUGGCGUAACAAAAAGCUGGUUCAGGGAGGGGGAUUUACACAAGGGGUCAUCAAAGCCCCAACAUGUCUAUUGUUUUUUAUGUAGUGGGUUUUGUGGGAAUGAAAGUGUAGUUAUAUAAUUUUGGAGGGAUAUCCUGUCAAAGGUUCUGGGUAUGACUCACCAUCCUGGGACGAUGAAGAACCAGGAUUUACUAGGCACAAUUCUAAUGAGAAGUUGUAAUGAUCAUUGUACUUGAUCUCGUUUAUUUGUGCACGUUUUAACAGACGAUGGUCUGUUUACAUGCAAGUAGUCUUUUUGUAAUACGAUAAAUAGCCCCUCAGCAAGAUAUGCAUUUGUUACGCAUCUGGCAUUUCGUCUUCAGUUGCAACAGUAUCCUUUGUUAUCUGAUACCUUCGUGUCCCUUUGGUAUUUCACUUCACCGAGAUAAACCCAAUGCCUGACCGAGCCUUGCGCGCCGCUUCCUUGAGCGCCUGGUCCUCGACAUCAGUCCACUUGACACUCAGGUCGUUCCAGUUCUUACCGGGUGUGUUGUACUCCUUGCGCCACUGGGCCUGCACCUUCUGCAGACGCGACAUCUCGCGCGGGUCGCCCGAACCGCUGUACAACAUGAAGGCUGUGCAGGGCGGCAAGGAAUCAUAGAUGCGUGUGAGACGCUCUGUAAGGCGUACGAGGGCCUGCUCGAGCUCUGACUUGUCGGAUGGGAUGGCCUCAGAGUCUCGUGGAGGACCACCGUCGCUGUUUGUGUUGUCGACACGGUUACGGUUCCACCAGCCUUGAAGGGCCUCAAGCUCUCGCAUUCUCGCCCAGACAAAGUCAACUCCGCCGCCGCGGAUUUCGAGGCCAUCCGGGUCUCCCUGCACAGCACGAAUUACGUUGUUAGUUACAUCCUCGUCGUUCUUACAGCCGAGCUGAUGUGUUGCGCCGGCUCCAGCCCCCUUGGAGGGAUCGCCCCAGUCAACAGCUGCGCUCGUCUUGCCGACCUCAGCGCCACCUGCGGUUCCCCCUUGGGCCUUGUAUGCAGUUCCAGCUCGCGCUAGUCGGCGGAACAAGUUCUCUCCCUGUGAGUCAGAUGUUCCCCAGGCCUUGCCCUUUUCACAUUUUUGUUUGACAAGAUCGAGGCAGGUCUUAGAGUCCUCGAUGCUGUCGUGGCCAUUUGCGCCGCCUUUUUGAAUCUCCUUUGACAGAUAUUUUUGCGCCAGCCAUUUUAGAGACGAUUUGAGAGGAGGGCCGCGAGGAUGCGGGUAAAUGAUGGAUGUGUCGAUGAUAAAAGGGUGAGAGAUGCGGAGAGCCUUGGUAUCUGACUCUAAAGAGUGUCCUAUCAAGACUGUGCGAGGGGUCAGCAGUUCAAGUAGCUUCUGCUGGAUGUCAUGUAAUGUAGUUGUUACAGGUGCAAGCAUCUCUUCUGUGAUGCCAGAAAAUUGGGUGACGUAGUCGAUAAUAGGCUUAUCAGGCUUGACAAGUUCAUCGAGUACAACGUUGCCGAACCAGUCGACUAUGCUGAUUCUCGUCAGAGAGAACUCGUUCUCUCCAGUCAUACACAUUUCACAAUCCAGGGCCAGAACAUUUCGUCCUUCUGUGAUGCUGCCCUUUUCAAUUUCGUCUUCUGGAACUUGACCUUCUUCAAGGCUUUUCACAUGGGUGAUGACCCAUCCUUCGGGGAGAACGAACUGGUCUUUGGCAACACCUUCCAGCAUAGCUGGGUGAACCAAGUAGCCGUUGUCAGUCAGAUCAUCGACUGUACAAAGGAAUUCAGUGAUGCGUGCUCUCUCGUUCUUCCAUCCCGAAGGCUCAUGUGCUGGUUUGAUGCCCUUCUUUGUCCCAUUCUUUUCCUUCGGGGUGGGGGUUGUUAGGAAAGCGGCCAUGGGCGAAUGCAUCUUUCCGUGUCUAUCAUCACCUGGUGUCUUGACGGGCCAUAGAUGCGUGAACAUGUCCGCGAAUGGUUGCAGAGCCUCGGGUAGGCGCUCUCUCCUCAGUGGUCGGGGAUAAUAGUCGUCCGGCGACGCCACAACAGCGUUUUCCUCCUUAUCAGCAUUGUUGUAUGUAUCGAAGUCAACGUCGUGCUUGAACAUAGCCUCCUCAAUACCGGGUAUCAUUAUAGCCACAAUCUUUCGGAACGCUGGGCGAUGGGUAAUGCCGAUCCAUUGAGGACCAGCUCCGUCGGCAAAGAUAUAUGUAACCAGGUCUCGCAUUUGGGAAAUAUUGAUCUUGGAUUGCAGUCGCGCAUUAGGCGAGAAUGCAAUGGUGGGAUAAUUCUUGCCAGGUUUAGGGACCUUCUUAAGCUUCUUUGAAGCCCGUGAAACGACCUGCCACUCUCCGCCGUCGUCUGCGUCAUGGGGAUUUGAACGCUUCAGGCUGCCGUCGCUUUGUGUUGAAGCAUCCUUCUCGAGAGUCGCAAUGGCCGUCGUGACAGGAACACCUUGGUCGAACUUGUCGGGCGUUUGGGCCUCAUCUUGAUUGUCGCUUGAAGAGGCCUUGUCGAUGGGAUCGGGGAUUGGGUCAGAUCCUAGGGCUGUAAGGGCUUUGUUGACGAGUUUGGCAGCUUUUCUCUUUGCUUUCUUACCCAUUAUGAGUUUUACACGAGUGCGAGCGCAAAUAAUACGCCGCUAGAAGGAGAAACGUGAAAAGAGUUCACGUCGUGAGGUAACAAUGUUUAAGGAAAUAAAAAAGAAUUGCGAUCCGAGAAUGCAGAUGCACUGCUGUGCCAAGGG